GUCAAAGAAAAUAUACACGCCUUCAAAGGUGAUCCCAAACGCAUAACACUGUUUGGUGAGGGGGCUGGCAGUUGGUCGGUAGCGGCUCACAUAAUAUCCCCGCUGACCAAAGGCCUGUUCAAUAGGGCGAUCCUCAGCAGCGGUGCACUCCUUGAGUUCAAAAACGGGUUUCUCAACAAAACCGAGGCUUUGAAACAAUCCAAGGAAAUGGCGAAACAGUUUGGGUGUCAACUGAAGGGCAUGUUUGCGAAGAAUUGGAUUGAGUGUCUCAAAGAUCCUAAAAAAAUAAACACUAAUGAACUCAGCAAGUACACCAGCUUCUUUGCUUACCCGGUCUAUGGCACUGAAUACCUGCCCUACAACGCACAGACAGCUUUUAAAAAAGGCAAAUUCAGAGAUGACAUUGAGUUGAUGGCCGGUGUGACCACAAACGAGGGCCCUAUAAUCACAAAGUUUGUCUACCCGGCCACUAACAUACAGUCCAUAGCGUCGAAACAGGACUUCCAGUUCACAGUCAAUCGGAUGCCAUUUGACGGCCUAAAGACGGAUAAAAUAAUAGACUUUUAUAUCUCGCGAGACAAAGACCCGUUCGCUACGGACAGGUUCAACACGGCUUUCAACGAGUUUUACGCCGACUUCCGGACGGUGUGUCCGACGUAUCUCUUCGCACAACUGUUUGCCAAAUACUCAUCCGAUGGGAACGUCUACUUCUAUCAGUACACCAAACGUCCCGUCGCUCAGUGCGAGUCACACAACAUGAGUCGAUGCCAUGUCGGUGAAGACAUGAGUUUCGUGUUCGGAGAGCCCGUCCUCUUGACACCGUCCGAAGCGCCGAAGCCAUCGGCUGUCAGUACUAUAACCACUGCUAUAGUGGCCCAACAAAAGGCACGACUGGCCGCCCAAAAGGUACAAAAGGCUAAACUCGCACAACAACAAAGAGCUAAGGCUGCUGCCCGGCCUGUCAAAGUUGCCGUCACUACGUCUGUUCAACAGGUAGUUGUUGCACAACCGGCCGAUACGGUUCUACCAGCGGCUGGUCAGGAACAGCCUGCCAGUCCUCCAGCAGAUCCCAAUGCCGCCACUCCAGUAGGUGAUGGCAAUCCUCCUCCCCCUCAAGAUCCCAACGCUGCCCCACCCGCUGUUGCUCCGGCUGAUGGUCAGGCGCCGCCUCCCGCUCCAGAAACUAGUGGACAGCCGGUCGAAGUGACAACGGGUGCACCCAUUGGGGGUGAAGUGCCGCCUAUGGCUCCCAACCAGAUCUCUAGGAAAAAGCGCUCAAACCCUAUGCCCACUAAAAUCAAAGUGAUUGGACCCAAAGGACCGAAAGUGAUUGCCCCCAAACCGGCUCAUGAAGCCAAUGAUACCGAGGAUACCGAUGCUGUCACUGAUACCGCUACCGAGGAUACUGUGCUUAAAGAAAGUGCGCCACUACCUGCUCCUGACACUACAGCUGUAGCAGCACCUAUAGCAACUGAUCCGCCAUCCACUCCACCUCCCACUGAACCAAUUGCUGGAACAGUAGUGGCGCCGGUGGCUGACACUCCUGUUACAGAACCACCACAACCACCACCUCAAGAAGCAACAGCGCCUGUAGCCGGAGCUCAGGCUGUACCAGAUGCUGCCAGUGCCCCACCAUCCAGUGAUGCCCAACCUGUGAGCGAACCUCCAGCUCCGGUUGUUGAUGCCGGUGCUGCUCAACCUAUACCCGAACCUAUAAGUACAGCCGACUUUGUGGACUAA